UGUGUGUGUCUGUGUGUGUGUGUGAGUGUCUGUGUGUCUGUGUGUGUAAGUGUGUGUCUGUGUGUGUGUGUGUGAGUGUCUGUGUGUCUGUGUCUGUAAGUGUGUGUCUGUGUGAGCGAGUAACGGUGACGCUGCUGAGUGCCGCGUGUUACGUAUGCGGCCCCGAGGUUCCGCCCCCCGCGCUCCCGGCGAUAUAAACCCCCCGGCCCCCUGGGACACGCAGAGUGGAGUCCCCCGUGUGCCUCCAGGUCUCCGCGUUGCCCGGUCCCCCCGUGUCUCCCGGUAGCCCAGUUGACCACCCCGCGUGGCAACGAUUCUCCCCCCUGUGUCCGCGUUCCCGCGUCUCCUCCCCGUGUCUUUGUGUCUCCUCCGAGUCCCAUUGUCUCAGGGUCUCCAACACUCCGCGCGCGUCACCCCGAGCUCCGGAUUUGGACCCCGCAGACCCCGCUGGGCCCGCAGCGUUCGCGGACAUGCCGGGAGCUGCCCCGCGGCGGAGUCUCUAGGGUCGCCUCUGCACCGCCUCCAAGCGGGUGACGGGGGUGGGGGAGCUCCCGCCCGGCUCCCGCCAGGCUCCCCGUGGGCCGCCCGGCCCCCCCAGGGGGGACGAUGUCCUCCACGGGCCUGGAGAUCCUCGGCUUCUCGCUGGGCGCGCUGGGCUGGCUCCUCGGCGUGGUCGCCUGCGCGCUCCCCACGUGGCGCGUCACCGCCUUCCUGGGCCAGACGCUGAUCGUGGCGCAGAGCACCUGGGAGGGCCUGUGGAUGAACUGCGUGGUGCAGAGCACGGGCCAGAUGCAGUGCAAGGUGCACGACUCCAUGCUGGCGCUCAACGGCGAGUUGCAGGCGGCGCGCGCCAUGACGGUGCUCGCCAACCUCCUCGCCCUCCUCGCGGUCGGCGUGGCGGCCACGGGCAUGAGGUGCACGACGUGCGGCGACGAGGACGGCUCGGCCAAGGGCCGCCUCACGGCCACGGGAGGUGUCGGCUUCGCGCUGUGCGGCCUCCUGCUGCUGGCGCCCGUGUCGUGGACGGCGCACAACAUCGUGCGCGACUUCUACGACGUCGGCGUGCCGGUCACCCUCAAGCGGGAGCUCGGCUCGGCCCUGUACGUCGGCUGGGGGGCCGCGACGCUGCUGUUCCUCGGCGGGGGGCUGCUGUGCUGUUCGUGGCCACGAGCCGAGCCGGGCCGGCCCCGGCCCUUCUACGGCCUUCAGCCGGGCGGGUUGGCCAUGCACGGGACCGGCCCCAACGCUCCCGGGGUCCCGUUGCCGCGGAUGCACUCGGCGGCGGCGGCGCCAUACGGCGCCCCGCCGUACGAGGCCGCGCCCGCACCCUGCAACGGCAAGCAAAGCUACCACGUGAAGGAGUUCGUGUGAGGGAGGGGAGCGACCUCCGGGGGACGCCGAUGAUGAGGUUGUGUUGCGUCCUGACUAAAUUCGUACACACCAGAGGACCCCACGGACCAUUCAAUGCACAUGGAGGAUGGUCUUCUGUUAAUACACACACACACGUGUUCUGGUGUGCACGGGACCCCGUGAGAGGGAACCCCGUGAGAAAGGGGGUGGGGAGAGCCCGCGAUCGAGGGACUGCGUGGGGGACAUUAGCAUGUGUGUGUGUAUGAGGACGUCUCGCGACAACAAAGGCCCCUGCUUGACAAUGGAGGCGAAGAGAGAUCCCAACCAACAUAGGGACCUGAGCGGAGACGUCCAUAGCCCGGUAUGGGACUUUGACAGUCCGUUGACAUUCGUUGUGGGCGACGCGACUGUUAGUAGAUAGUUUGUGAGUGACGUGACCCGAGCCAUGACCGUGAUAUGUAUGAGAAUCCACCUCCCCCGGGGCAUCUGCUCUCCUCCCGCCACACAGCCCACGUAUUUGUGUGAGCGUGGGGUUUGUUAAUUCGGGUAGGGUUUGUUAGGGGUUUGUUGGGGUUUUGUUGGUCGCUGACGGGUCCAAGGAAGGGGGGUGGGUGGAGAGGCGUGAUCGCACCCCACACCUUUUACGAGCGUAAAACUUGGCAUUGUAUUGAUAUUAAGCAGAGAAAAUACAUGGCAUCCUUAUAUUGAUGUAGGGCCCUGUUUAAAAAGCUUUACAUUUCGAGAUUUCCCAUAACCGGCCUUCUGGUAAGUGUCUAGAUCGGUAUCUGAUGUUUAUUUAGGUUGUUGUGCUGCUAUACAUUAACACCCUAUAAGCCACUUCGUUGAGCUAUCAUUUAUACUGGUAGGAACCUCCUGGUUACACCAGCCCACAGGGGAUUAUUGUGUCCGUCCGUCGUGC